AUGGCCAACACAGCACCAUCAUUGGAUGGAGAUACUCUAGGUUCUCGUUGGCAAAAUGUACGUGAAUUUAGUUUCCUUCUUUCUGUAAUCGGAGCUGUGUUUACCACAAUUCUGCCUAUUCUAUCCAUUGGAGGAAGUAGCCUGUUACUCAUCGUUAUCACCAAAUAUUCACAGCUUCGCCGUGUUCCUUCCAAUCUCCUACUGGCAUCUCUUGCUGUCGCUGACUUACUGAUUGGUCUCUUAGUCCAACCGUUGCAUGGCGUCGCCUGUGUGUGUACCCUAAUCGGAAAAAAAUGCUCCUCUAUCAGUCUUUCAAACGUUCACUUCUAUGUUGGUUCCCUCUUAACAUACUCAUCUUGCUUGAACAUUGCUGUCAUCACAAUAGACAGAUAUAUUUGCAUCGUAGAAUCACUUCGCUAUCACGCCAUCAUGACCAAAGCCAGAGCAAUCCAGGCCAUUAUUAUCAGCUGGGCUAUAAGUGCCGUAUUGCCCGCAACGCGGCUUAUUCCAUCCUACCCGUUGACUCUGAUCAAAGUUUCUCAGAUCAUCUUGAUGUCGGCAGUUUUGUCUGUCAUUAUUUUUUGUUAUAUCAAAAUAUCCAGCAUAUCUUGGCGUCACAAGAAAAAUAUUUGCUGCCAGAUGCAAGUUGUGACCAGAGGACCCGUGAGACAAGAUUUUAAAAGCGUAAAUACAGUGUUUUUAGUAGUUGGUGCUGUCAUUUUAAGCUAUGUACCAUUAUUAGCGGUUCAAGUUUGUUUAACUUUUAACGUUAUGAAGUAUCAAGCGAAAAUUCUACAUCCAUUUGCUGUAACCUUUUACCUCCUAAACUCGAGUCUUAAUCCAUUGAUAAUCUUUUUCAGGUCUAGAAAAAUUCACAGGUAUUUGAGCAGACUUCUCAAACGAGACGCUGAAACUUAAUUUUUGCAUUGAACCUGCCAAAGAAAGCAAGAGAAAAAUAGGGACAUUAAUGCAAAUACAUUUGUUUUCUAAUUAAGGGUCGAGAACAUUGUUAUUUUAAGUAUGUAUAUCGGUUGAGA